CUCCAAACCUGACAUGUGUCAUGUGGUUUCAGAGGUUUACCUGGAGUGACUGAUUACUGAUUAAAAAUCAUCCACAUCCGCUCCAAAUCAACCUUCAGACCCUGUCCUGGAUCCUGUGUGUCUGACUGCACUCCACACUGUUCUGUGACCCAGCAUCAAGAGGAAACACACAUGUUACAGUGUGUGUCAGUCUGAGAGACACACACAGAGAGGAGAGAAAUCAAACACACAAAGAGAUGGAGGGUUCGGAGAGAGCAGACCGAGGAGGAGGAGGAGGGUACCACCGGGCAGCCAAGCGGCUCCGCAGGGAGGAGGAGGCCGGGGAAGAGGAGCUGGAGGACGGGGAGGAGCAGGAGGAGGACCCCGGCGGAGAGGCUGCGGGGAGCGGAGGCAGAGAGAGCCGCAGGAGAGGAGGGAAGGACGUUGUGGAGGAGAGUCACCGCAUCCCCCCGUCUCCAGUGGUCCACGUGAGAGGACUCUGUGACGCCGUGGUGGAGGCUGAUCUGGUGGAGGCACUCGAAAAGUUCGGCAAUAUCUGUUACGUGAUGAUGAUGCCGUUUAAGCGCCAGGCUCUGGUGGAGUUCGGCAGCGUGGAAAACGCCGAGCACUGUGUGUCGGUCGGCGCCCGAGAGGCCGUCUGCAUCGCCGAGCAGCAGGCCUUCUUCAACUUCUCCACCAGCCAGAGGAUCACCAGACCCACCAACGCCGACGACCCCACCAGCAGGAACAAGGUCCUGCUGCUGUCUGUGCAGAACCCGCUGUACCCCAUCACCACCGUGAGUCCAGCAGAACCCCGGCUCUCAAACACCUACCUAAACCUGGCCCUGUUUUUAGAGAGACCAGGAGGACUCAGAGACCAGGAGAACUCAGAGACCAGGAGGACUCAGAGACCAGGAGGACUCACAGCAGAGGAUGAGGAGGGAGAGGGAGACCAGGGAGGAAGGUUACUGCUGAAUAUGAUCAAAUGA